AUGCAGUACUGGGGGCUUUCUGAUCGAACCCACCUCUUCAACCGCCCUUCUAUACGGGCAAGAUUGACGGGUUCAAUCAGAAAGCCCCCAGUGCCCCGAGUGUCGCAAGGCCUCUAUGAGGAGAUUGGCCGACCUGCAAAGGACAUCAUUCUCAGUAUCAUUGCAAAGAGCAGUUAUUCGAGCAAGGAGGUGGUAUGGAAGAGGAUCAAGGCACAUUCAGUCAACAGGCUUCAGGCGCUGCAAAAGCCAUCGGUUUCAUCUUUCAUUUCUUCAUACUUGCUUCGCAUGAAAGAAGAGAUGGUAGCUCACCAGAAUAGUGUAUGGGUACUUCAAGAUAAAAUGAGAGGCUUAUAUGAUUUUUCAGGCGUGGAGGCAAGAAUCCAGCAGUAG